AUGCCGACGCCCAACGGCAGCUCAGACUCAGAGGUCCCGCCGACCCGCAGGCCGCAGGCCGCAGCAUGGUCGGCGGGUCGCAAGUCGCAAGUCGCAAGUCGCAAGUCGCAAGUCGCAAGUCGCAAGUCGCAAGUCGCAAGUCGCAAGUCGCAAGUCACAAGUCGCAAGUCGCAACGCUCGCGCAACGGCCGUUAG